AUGGUUCGCUUCCACUGGCAUGUUGAGGGUGGCCAGUCCGCCUUCAUUCCACCCGCGGGCGUCCGCAUGGACGAGGAGGCCGGGGUGUGCCACCUCAGCUGCGAGAUGGAGCUGGCUGGGCAGAACGAGACCUGCACCUCCAUGCUGACGGUGCCAGCCACCUACCUGGACAGCGCCUGCAUCCAGCCCAUCGGCAUCCUACUGGCGCACGGGCUGGAGGCCGGCGACUGGGACUCGCCCCUCAUGCGCGGCCUGGUCAACCGCUUCGCUGGCGCGGGCCACAUCGUGAUGCGGUACCACUGCCGCCAGAAAGAGGCACGGCGCCAGCGGAUCCUGGAGCGCGCUCUGGAAAGCGCGGCGCUGUCGCCCCUGGCCCUGGCCACCGUGCAGCAGUGGGUGGUGGUGGGCUUUGACAACGGCGCGCGCGUUGCCGCCUCGGUGGCCGCCAAGACGCGCAUCAGGAUCGGGGGCUAUGUCGCGCUGUCUUACCCGCUGCUGGAGCCCGCACCGCCGCCGCCCAAGGCUCGGGCAGGCGCCCCCCCGCCCAGCGACUCGGAGGGUCCCCUGAUCCGGCUGGCGGAGGCGCUGAGCCCGCCCAUGCUCUUCGUGGUGGGCGGACGCGACGCGCGGUGCCCCCCGGAGCGACUGGGAGCGCUGUUUGCCCCCGGCGGACCGGCCGCGGGGACGGACGCCCGGGCUGUGGUGCUCCAGGGUCUGGGCCCCAGUCUCGAGUCGGGGGGCGCGGAGGGCGCUGACGGCGUGCAGCGGGUGGUGAGGGCCGUCGCGGAGUUCGUCGCUGCGCUGGAGCGAGGCGGGGAGGCCGGCGAGGCGGCCACCAUCAAGGGCGGUAAGGCCUGGUGCAAGCACACCGACGGCAUGGCGCCCGUACCCACGCCGGAGGCCGCGACGAAGGCCGUGUUUGCCAAGCACGCCGUCUGCCUGGUGCUGGACUAUGGCUCCCAGUACACACAGCUCAUCGCCCGGCGGAUCAGGGACGCUGGAGUGCUCUCUGUGCUCCUGCCUGGGGAUGCCAGCAUGGAUGCCAUCAAGGAGGUGAACCCCCGCAUGAUCAUCCUGUCAGGCGGCCCCAACUCUGUGCAUGCCGAGGGGGCCCCUCUGCUUCCCCCCGAAUUCUACACCUACUGCCAGUCAUCUGGCAUUCCACUGCUGGGCAUCUGCUAUGGCAUGCAGUUGCUGGUGCACCAGCUGGGAGGUGUGGUGCAGACCGUCAUGGACAGCGGCGAGUACGGCCGCAUGCCCAUCAAUGUUGAGCGUGACUCCGUGCUGUACGCGGGCGAGGAGGCCGACCGGCAGCUGGUGUGGAUGAGCCACGGCGACUCGGCCACCGCCCUCCCGGAAGGCUUCCGCGCCGUUGCCAAGAGCGAGCAGGGCGCGUGCGUCGCCAUCGAGGACCCAUCCCGCAAGUUCUUCGGCCUGCAGUACCACCCUGAGGUGGUCCACUCCGAGCGCGGCUCCGCCAUGAUCAAGCACCUGCUGUUUGAGGUCGCGGGGCUGGAGGGCGACUGGAACAUGGCCGACGUGCUGCAGGAGGAGAUGACCAAGGUGACCGCGGCGGUGGGCCCCACCGACCACGUCAUCUGCGCGCUCUCCGGCGGCGUGGACUCCACGGUGGCGGCCACCCUUGUGCACCGCGUGCUGGGCGACCGCCUGCACUGCGUCUUCGUGGACAACGGCCUGCUGCGCUACGCCGAGGCGGAGCGGGUGAUGGACACCUUCCGCGAGCACCUGCACCUCCCCGUCACCAAGAUCGACGUGUCGGAGCGCAUGCUGGCCCGGCUGGCGGGGGUCACCGACCCGGAGGCCAAGCGCAAAGCCAUUGGCAAGGAGUUCAUCGACACCUUCCAGGAAUACGCGACGGGGCUGGAGGCGAGCCUGGGCCACGCGCCGCGCUUCCUGGUGCAGGGCACGCUGUACCCCGACGUGAUCGAGAGCUGCCCGCCCCCCGGCAGCGGGCAGAAGCACAGCCACACCAUCAAGAGCCACCACAACGUGGGCGGGCUGCCGGAGGACCUGCGCUUCACACUCAUCGAGCCGCUGCGCGAGCUGUUCAAGGACGAGGUGCGCGCGCUGGGGCGCCUGCUGGAGGUGCCCGAGCGCUUCAUCGCGCGGCACCCCUUCCCGGGGCCCGGCCUGGCGGUGCGCGUGCUGGGCGACGUCACCGCCGGCGACGCGCUGGCCACGCUGCGGGAGGUGGACGAGGUGUACGUGAACGCCAUCCGGGAGUGGGGCCUGUACGACGACAUCUGGCAGGCCUUCGCCGUGUUCCUGCCCAUCCGCAGCGUGGGAGUGCAGGGGGAUCAGCGCACCCACUCCCAUGUCGUGGCGCUGCGCGCCGUCACCUCCAGCGACGGCAUGACCGCGGACUGGUUCCCCUUCCAGCCCGACUUCCUGCGCUACGUCUCCACCAAGAUCUGCAACUCCGUGCGCGGCGUCAACCGCGUCGUCUACGACGUCACCAGCAAGCCGCCCAGCACCAUUGAGUGGGAGUAG